UCAAUAACCUGACUGCAGUCUCAUCAAGGCUGGUGUGAGAGGUCAGAGUAUGUCUGUGAUGAUGAGUUUCUGAAUCAGGCCCUGCAGCUGCUUCACACAAAGUGCUGAUGUUAUCCCUCAUUAUUCUGUUCGGAUAUGACGCAGCACUUUUGGGCUGUGGUUUCCGCCUGUCUGAGAGGAUGCUGAGCUGACAACGGCUGGAGGUACCGCUUUAAAGAGAUGGAUGCAGACCACGCCCUUCCUUUCCUUUCCGAUAGAGGGCGAUGUGGCGACCAAAGCUGGCCAACAACAGCAGUUUUUACCUCACUGCCCUUCCAGCAGCAUCUCACCUUCAACCGGGCCGACGCGCAUCCACCGCCGCAUCCAAAAAAACAACAAGAUAAAACGCAUAAGAGAAAAGGACAGCGUCACAUAACGCGACAAGAGACACCGGGCGGUAGUGCUGUUCGCUGUGUUGAUGAUGUAGGGAAUCGUUUGCGGUUUUACGUCUGAAUUAGUCCGCCUCACUGCGACAAGGAGCAUCCUCCAGCUGCGCAUAAAUAAACGGGAGUCUUUCUCAGCUCUCAAGGAUAAAACGUCGAACCUCUCCAGCCAUCCUCAUCCUACUCUCUACGACGCAGGACGAAGCACCUACAAAUACCUCGUCCUUCACUUUGACGGUGAGAACAGGCCUCGAUUGGCGACGGGUCUCCAGCUUCAGCAGCAUCUCCGCUCUCAGCAUCCUUCCUCCUCCUCCUCAUUGAAUCUGCGCCAUGGCCGAGACCCAAACGGAGUGCAACAUCAAAGUGCUGUGUCGCUUCCGCCCUCUGAACCAGUCGGAGAUUGUGCGCGGGGACCAGUUUAUCCCCAAAUUCCAAGGAGAUGACACCGUUGUCGUCGGGGGGAGGUCCUACUCGUUCGACCGAGUGUUUCCGGUCAACACCACCCAGGAGCAGGUGUACAACACUUGCGCUAAGCAGAUUGUCAAGGAUGUCUUGUAUGGAUACAAUGGUACUAUCUUCGCAUAUGGACAAACCGCCUCCGGGAAAACUCACACCAUGGAGGGCAAGCUGCAUGAUCCCCACCAGAUGGGAAUCAUUCCUCGCAUUGCUGAGGACAUUUUCAACCACAUCUUUGCUAUGGACGAAAACCUGGAAUUCCACAUCAAGGUCUCAUACUUUGAAAUCUACAUGGAUAAAAUCCGUGAUCUUCUGGAUGUGACAAAGACCAACCUUUCUGUCCAUGAGGAUAAGAAUAGGGUGCCAUAUGUCAAGGGAUGCACUGAGCGUUUCGUCUCCAGCCCCGAAGAGGUUAUGGAUGUGAUCGAUGAGGGCAAGGCUGCCCGUCAUGUUGCUGUUACCAACAUGAAUGAGCACAGCUCUCGCAGCCACAGCAUCUUCCUGAUCAACAUCAAGCAGGAGCAUGUGGAGACCGAGCAGAAACUGUGUGGAAAACUGUACCUGGUGGAUCUGGCUGGUAGUGAGAAGGUCAGUAAGACCGGUGCUGCCGGAGCCGUCCUGGAUGAGGCUAAAAACAUCAACAAGUCUCUUUCUGCUCUUGGAAAUGUCAUCUCUGCUUUGGCUGAGGGCACGAAAAGUCACGUUCCAUACCGUGACAGCAAAAUGACCCGUAUUCUGCAGGACUCCCUUGGUGGAAACUGUCGCACCACCAUGUUCAUCUGCUGCUCUCCCUCCAGCUACAACGAUGCCGAGACCAAGUCGACUCUGAUGUUUGGACAACGUGCCAAGACCAUCAGGAACACCGCCUCCAUCAACCUGGAGCUGACUGCAGAGCAGUGGAAGAGAAAGUACGAGAAGGAGAAGGAAAAAAACAAGACAAUGAAGGAAACCAUCCAGAGGCUGGAGGCUGAGCUCAACCGCUGGAGAAAUGGAGAGAAUGUGCCUGAAACCGAGCGGACCACAGAUGUGGUGAACCGUAUAGACCGUAUAGAGUCUAUAGAGGAGCGCCCCAUUCUGGACAAUGACACCUCCUCCAUUGUGGUCCGCAUUUCUGAGGAGGAGAGGCAGAAGUAUGAGGAGGAGAUUCGCAAACUGUACAAGCAGCUGGAUGACAAGGAUGAUGAGAUCAACCUUCAGUGCCAGCUGGUGGAGAAACUGAAGCAGCAGAUGCUGGACCAGGAUGAGCUCCUGGCCUCAUCUAAGGGAGAUGGUGACAAGGUCCAGGCUGAACUCGGCAGGCUGCAGGUGGAGAGCGACUGUGCCAAAGCUGAGGUGAAGGAGGUUCUGCAGGCUCUGGAGGAGCUGGCUAUCAACUACGACCAGAAGAGCCAGGAGGUGGAGGAGAAGGGCCUGCAGAACCAGCUGCUUGCUGACCAACUGUCCCAGAAAAUGGCCAGUCUGAUGGAGCUGGAGGCGGAGCUGUCUCGUAUGCAGGAAGUGAGCGGUCAGCAGAGGAAACGCAUCGCUGACGUCCUCAAUGGUCUGAUGAGGGACCUCAGCGAGUUUAGUACCAUUGUGGGCAACGGGGAGAUCAAGCUGCCAGUGGAGAUAAGUGGUGCGAUUGAGGAGGAGUUCACUGUGGCUCGCCUCUACAUCAGCAAGAUCAAGUCUGAGGUGAAGAGCAUGGUGAAGCGCUGUCGCCAGCUGGAGAACAUGCAGCUGGAGUGCCACCGCAAGAUGGAGGAGACCGGGAGGGAGCUCUCCUCCUGCCAGCUCCUCAUCUCUCAGCAUGAGGCUAAGAUCCGCUCUCUGACGGAGUACAUGCAGAGCGUGGAGCAGAAGAAGAGGCUGCUGGAGGAGAGCCACGACUCCCUAAGCGAAGAGCUGGCCAGGCUGCAAGACCAGGAUAACUCCCUGAUGGAUGAGAAGGAAGGGGAGAAGGGCGAGACUGAGGAUAGUAACAUUAAGUCAACUGCUCGUCAGCAGGGGGAGUCUCACCGUGGCCUCCACCACAAGCAGCUGGCCCGCCUGCGGGAUGAGAUCAACGAGAAGCAGAGGAUCAUCGACGAGCUCACUGAUCGCAACUCCAAGCUGGAGCUGGAGCUGGCUCAGGUGCGUGCUGACUUUGAACGCCUGAAGAGCCAGGACAGCACCAAGAGCGAGCGCCUGGAGGAGCUCUCAUUCCUGCAUGAGCGCCAUGAGCAGACCAAACAGGACUUAAAGGGUCUGGAGGAGACUGUCGCCCGCGAACUCCAGACCCUCCACAACCUGCGCAAGCUGUUCGUUCAAGACCUCACGUCGCGGGUUAAAAAAAGUUCCGAAAUGGAACCUGAUGAUAGCGGGGGGUCUUGCACCCAGAAGCAGAAGAUUUCCUUUCUUGAAAAUAACCUGGACCAACUUACAAAGGUUCACAAACAGCUGGUUCGUGACAAUGCAGAUCUGCGCUGUGAGCUUCCAAAGCUGGAGAAACGUCUUCGGUCUACUGCUGAGAGAGUUAAGGCCCUGGAGACUGCACUGAGGGAUGCAAAGGAGGGUGCUAUGAUGGACCGCAGGCGCUACCAGCAGGAGGUUGACCGCAUCAAGGAUGCCAUGAGGACAAAGAAUGCCAUGAGGCGCCCCCAUGCAGCACAGAUUGCCAAGCCUGUGAGACCAAAGCAGCUGCCCGUCUGCUCUCCCACCAACCCGUUCUACACUUACAUCCGUGCCACUGAACAGGCCAACACCUACAGCAACGCCCUCUUCCAGAACAGCGCAACACAGCCCGCCUCCGCAAGUGUCAACAGCAACCCAAACUCUAUCCAGAGCAACACAGUUUCCACAGCGCUGGGUUACAGAGCAGGCAGAUAUAAUGGAGACACACUGGAGUCCUACCCACUCAAUAUUGACAACGGUAACGCCAUCACGGAAACAAGAGACAUCAAUGACAACAGAAGUGAUGUUCACUGUGGCAGCGAGGUGGAUGAUUCCAACAGGCACUACAUCAUUCAGCAGGAGACCGCUGCAAGUUAAUGCCCUGGAGAUGACCAAACACUGUACCACCCAAGGACUGUCCCCUCCCAUCUGCAUGCAGCCUGUCCCUCUGUCUCCACACUGCAUCUCUGAUGAAGAUGAUGAUGAACAUCUGUAGCCCCUGUAGUCUUUUAACUAGAUGAGACCCUCUCUUCCCCCAUGGUGACUGCAUCACCCUCAGGUUUGAGGUGCCGUCUCUCUCAGUUCAGCCAGUGCAGGGAGGAAACUGUAAAAAAAAUAUUCUGUUUUUAUUUUUCUCUGAAUACAGAACCUUGUAUUUACUCAGUGGUCGCUCAGCCACUCAAUUUGUCUCUAGAUAUGGCUGAUGAUAAUUACUUCCGUAGUGGUUGAACUGGAAAGGGACUGACUUCACCCCUGAUACUUAGUACACACAUGUUGUAAAUAAUAUUAUUGCUGUAUACUCCAGUAGAGGUUACUGACCAUCAACUGUUUGUGUGAAUGCACUGCCUCCACCCUUCCCUGCACACAUCUUCUUACGGACAUCAUAUGGAUGACAUACUGUAGGCAGACAUGACCUUUUUCUCUGCCGUAAAUAAGAGUAUAAGUGUGUAACGCCAGCUUGUAACAGAAGACCCAGACUCUGCAUGCAUGUUGCCUAGCGGGUUAGCUUUCAAAUCUUUGCAUGUGUCCUGAUUCCGGUCAGGAGCUGGUAUGCUGUGCGUGAACAGUCUGAUCGACUUUGACAGAUGUCAGAGACACAGACAGAGAGAAGGAAAGAGAAAGCUGGUUUCCCUUUAAUCCUGAUCCUGGUUCAGUUUUUUAGAUUACAUAUUGAAAUCAAAACUGAGCUGAUGUGUUAAUCCGGCUUAAACACUCCCAACACAAUAGGUAGUUUUAAUUUAAUAUUGGAGGAAAUUAGAUGUAACAUGCAUGAGGGAAAUCUGGCCUAGAAUUGCAGUGUGUAUAGAGGAAACCUUUUGUAAUUGCUUUGAUACUGUGAUGCUGAAGCUGUACGAUGCCACCGUACAUUGUUCAGAUAAUGUUGCCCUCAUCUAUUUGAAGUGGCUCCCUUCCUGCAUUGCACCUACAACUUGUAACAACAACAUAACAAGCUUUUACAAGAGUUGCUUUCUCAUAAUCAAACUAACACUGUCAUGUCCAUACAUUUGUAUUUACUACCUCUAGAGCUGCUCAUUACACAUCUAUUACAGUAUACUGAAAUAUCAUCCUUUCAAACAGCCAAUAAGAGCUGUUGUAGAGUCUCUAGACUUAGUCUUAACCUUAGAACAAUAAUAGCUGUAAGUAGUUAGAGAAGUAGUUAUGCUCUCCUAACAUACAUAUAUACAAACACAGAUCCCUUUUUUCAUCUUAUAACAGGAUCAGAGCAGGCAACACAGUGGAAGGUCGAUUAUCAAAACAGAAGUAUAUAGCAGAAAUAUUCAACAGUUUUUCUCUUUUGGUGCUUGAUACAUUUCUAUUUAGCACCUUAAGGGUGGAGGAGUUAUACGUGCAUCUUUCGUCUCCUUGUACAGACGUCUUAUUUUAGUAUGAAAACUUGGUUUUUAAUACAGACAUGAAAUAACAUCACAAACCUUUUUAGUGACCGUAUGGAGGUUAUUCAGUGUUUCAGUGCUUUAUAACAGAGCCAAUAAUGUCCAGUGGUGAUGGAGUGUCUGCCCCAGACCAGCAUCCACCAGUCUGGUGUGGACACACUGUUUGACAGAACAUUGUUAUGUAAAGCGUGUUGUCAGGUCGUGUUGUUAUUCUUCUGUUUGAAAUCCUGAUCAGCCAAUCAGGACAGAAGAGAGCACGAGCCUUACAUGAAUGAUGAAGACUGAUGUGUUUGGACGUUGCUGAGUCACUGGAUAAAAGGACAGAUUGGACCAGCAGAAUGCAUAACAACAAAAUCAAUUUAGAUCUCAGCCAAUAUCUACUAUCAGACAUUUUGAUCAUGAAUUAAGUGUUUAAUCAUAUUAUUCGUCUUACUUAAAUAAUUAAUCAUUUAAUUCCACACCGAAUAUUUCCUCUUGUAAAGUUUCAGUAAAUUCCGUCCCAUGGCUGGACUUUUAUAUAAUUAUUUGCAGAAACGUGCCCAAAUGAUUACUCAUCUAACUCUUAACAGCUUCUUCAUGAUGGCACUACUCCGUCUCCUGCUCUUACUGGCAUUAACAACAUCUCAGGGCUUCACAUUCACAAUCACAGCCACCAUGGGCCACCGUCACUGUCUUCCAUGGAUUUAGAAACCAUGUGAAGGCUGAUGAACAAUCAUGUUAAUGUGUGUUUUUUGAGGCUUAGCAGAACUGUGUGAUGAAUCGAAUUAUGCAGAAAUAACAUCAUAUUAUACAUAGUACAUAACCUGUCAUUUCAAGCACAUGACACCAAAAAGAGAAGAGAAAAACGCUCAGCUGCACCUGGUCAAACCCUACUGAAUGUGUCCAAGCAGACCCUCAAAUUGUCAUCUUGUAUUUAUUAUAGUCAAAUUUUAAAAAGGGGGGAAUGUGUACUAUAUUGUCACCUGCUAUUCCACUGUCUGAUUUCACAUAUCUAAAUACAUGUGCUAUAUAUUGUUAAUCUUGUAAGUAAAAUAGUGUGCCAUGACAUAGUAAAAUGCAAAGAGAGGCACAUGCUAACUUUGUUUAGAGAAAUGUUUGUUUUAUUUACUGGUAUUUCUGUAUGCCUAUACUGUAGCGUCAACCUGAUUAUGUGAAGAUUCACCGUGCAGAAUUUCUGUAUAUAUAGACUCAUCAAUAUGCUGUAUUGUAUGUGUACCAUUGUGUUGUAUUUAACAGUUCAAUAAACUUGUAGAAAGGA